CAACCUGUGAUCCAUUGUAUCCCUAAAUUUUUUCUUCGCGUGCGUGUCUAAUACGAGCUGCAGUUUUGCAUUACUUUUGUAAAUUAAAUUGAAACGUGCGCCAAACAUGGCUAACACAACUCAAGUUAUCAAAUUGGAGGAUUCUGUUGAGGAAGCGACACCGGAAAUAUUCGAAAUCAAAGACGAAGAUGACAUUUGUGAGUUGGAGCAUUUACGUAAACUGUUCAUUGGCGGAUUGGCCCCCUACACUACCGAGGAGGGCCUCAAAGUCUUCUACUCACAGUGGGGCAAAGUUGUGGAUGUUGUUGUGAUGCGAGAUGCGGCCACUAAAAGAUCGCGUGGCUUUGGUUUUAUUACCUAUACAAAGUCCGCUAUGGUGGAUACGGCCCAAGAGAACCGACCUCAUAUCAUCGACGGCAAAACUGUCGAGGCAAAGCGCGCAUUGCCACGCCCAGAACGUGAAACCCGCGAAACAAAUAUCUCGGUGAAAAAGUUAUUUGUGGGUGGACUGAAGGACAAUCACGAUGAGGAAUGCUUACGCGAAUAUUUUCUACAAUUUGGCAAUGUUGUAUCGGUUAAGUUGCUAACCGAUAAGACCACUGGAAAGCGCAGAGGAUUCGCUUUUAUUGAGUUUGAUGACUACGAUGCGGUGGACAAGGCAAUACUUCAGCGUCAACACUCAAUAAAAUACGUGCUCGUGGAUGUCAAGAAGUCCAUCUACAAUCUGGAGAAGAAGGAUCGACUGCCACAGGGUCCAGCUGCCAAUGGCAACAAGAUGCAGAUGCAACAGCAGCAGCACCAACAACAACAACCGCCGCCCAAGGCCAAUAUGCCCUCACCCGGUUACCGUCCUCCAGUGCCGCCGCCACAGCAGAUGGCGCCGUAUCAGCAUCAACCACCGCCACCACCGAUGUCCGCACCGCCACCCAACUACAACUAUUGGGGACCACCGCCUCCGAUGCAACCGUAUUACCAACAACCGCCGCCACCGCAGAUGAAUGCCUGGAAUGCCUAUCCACCGGCACAGAAUGGCUGGAAUGCACCACCGCCACCACCGCCAGGUGCACAACAGUGGCAUGCCAAUCAAUGGGGCGGUCCGCCGGCCAUACAACCGCCCACACCGUGUGUACCACCUGGUGUGAAUCAUCAUCGCGGUGGUCCACCGCCGCCAGCGGUGGCUAAUUGGAAUAUGCCUGUAGCGGCGGCACCACCAGUGCCCGGUUCCAUGCCACUGACACAAGGACCGCCGCCACAUCAACCGCCACCGCCACAACAACAACAACAGCAGCAGCAGCCGUUACCACCCAAUUUUGGCAGUGGAUAUCAACAAAAUUACGGUGGUGGACCCACCAAACACAACAACAUGAAUGGCAAUCGCAUGAAUCCCUAUGCCGCUGCACCGCCCAGCAGCUAUCAUAACGCCCAGCCACCUGCACCUGGUUAUGCGCCGUACAAUGCCGCCGCUCCGCCGCCAAGUGGCAAUGGACCCACCUCAGGUCCAGUGCCAAAAAACGUAUCCAAUGGCUCGGUGGCCACGGGAGCCAGCGCCAAUAGCAAAUAUCGUCGUUAAUUUGAGGAGGGAUGCCUUUUUGUGUGUGCCUUAAGUGCAACACAAGAGCUCAGAUACAAAUUCAAGAUACAAGAUACAGAAACAAGUUACUGUUACGAAAAAUAGGCUUGCUGUAAGCUAGGACACACACACACUCGCUUAGUAAACUAAACUUAAAUUUUAAACUAAACAAAAAAAACAGGAUCUAUAUUAACAGCGUUGUCUCUCUAUAACUAUUUAUCUAAGACAACUAACUACAGUUUUAUAAACACUUUUAUAACUUAAGCUCUAAUGUUAUUUAUUGAAUGAUUGAUACCCAACUAUGUAUGAAUUACACGUAUAAUAAGACAUAAUAUUUAAAGGAAUUAAUCUUUUGGAAUACAACUACAAGUUGUAGAAAUUUUUUUUAAAUCUUUCAUUUCAUUUUGAGAUUAACUUGCUUUUCUUUUCGAAAAAUGUAAGAUAUUUUUGGUUUAUUUAAAUACAUAUUUCUAAUAUAUAUUGUAAACUUAAAAGUUACAUCAAAUUUAGUGCUCUCUAUCACUCUCUUUAUAUAUUUUAAUAUUAAGUUUGGCUAAAAUGUAAUUCAGAUUAUAAUAUUUAAUCAAAUGGAGACACAAUCUAGUGCGAGGUUCACCAACAACACUAAUUGUAUUUUUGUAAACCAAAAAAAUAAUCAAAUUAAUGCUAAAAUGAUUGCAAUACAACAAAAGACAAUGUUUCACAGCUUUAGACAGAGCUUAUUAAGCUAUAGUUAUUUGUAUUUAGAGCUCUACUACAUAGUUAUUAGACGCCUUAAUAUGCUCGUUAUCUCAUAAUUGGGAUCAAGUCGAGCGUAAUACCAAAAUAAAAGAUACGUCCACUAAAAUAUAUAUAACUUAAUCAAAUCAAGUGGAAAUGUUGGUGAGCAACGCACGGAUUCAAAUAAUAUAGUAUGUUAAGGAGUUGAUAUCAAAAUUAUUGUCAAUUUUUUAUAAACAUAAAUAUAUAUAUACUUAUGUACAGUCUGAAGAUAUAUAUAUAUACACUCUACUCUCAAAAAGGUUUCUCCUCACUGAAACUCACUAAAAAAACUCGAUCGUACAUAUUUUGAUGAUCAUGUAUGUAGAGCAAUCAUUAAUAAAAUUGAACAGAAAAAAGUAAAUGAAAAUGAAUGAACUAAGGAUCUGAAAUUAUUUAUUUGAGAACUAAUGUACGAGUACUCUUAUUUAUUAUUGUGUUAAAAAUAAACCACGACAUGAAACUCUAAGUUUAGCAUUAAUUUCUAAAAACUAUAUAAUACAAAAUUUAUAAGCUUAAGUUUUUUGUAGCGCACGCCAAAGGCUUUACAAUGAUUUUUAUAACUAAAUUAUGUAUACAAAAAUAUGUAUUUAAACUACUUAAUUCAUUAAUUACUGUAUUAAUUAUGUAUAAAGGGAUAACUAAGAGAGCGUCGUCCCUAUAUUUGCAGCUUAAUUUAGCGCUAAUAAUACAACUACAUUUUAAUUAAAAUAAUGCAAUUUAUGGAGAAAA